CGAUCCAUCACUACCACUGCACACACUAGCUGCCUGCAGCAUUGCAUUGAUCGAAUUACCGGCCAUCGAUUUCCGCUACCACCACACGGUACCAGUACCAACAAUGGCUUCCAACAACGCCGUCGCUGCCGAGGUGAGCACCGCCGUCACCAAGCUCAACGAGCACCUCGCCACGGUGCUCCACGGCGCCGACGCCACCACCGGGGCCGCCAACAACACCGUCAUCACGCUGGCGGGGGAGAACAGCGGCGCCACCAUGGAGGCUGCGGCGGGCGACGUGGAGGACCUCGUCGUCGUCGGCAACGCGGACGCGGAGGAGAACGACGACGGCGACAACCAGGAGGAGGAGGACGACGUGGUGAUCAGCGCCUACACGAACAGCAACUACCAGGCCGUUAACAACUCCGUGCUCGUCUCCGGCAGCUGCGCCGUCAACGACCCCGGCGUCCACGUCGUCGUCGUCGAGCACGUCGACGAGAUACGCGACUACGACGACGACCUCGACGCCCAAGAGUUCUAAGCAAGCAGCAGACCUUAUUAUUGCCAAUGGUUUCAGCAAACGAUGAUUGCCUCAUAUCACAGUACGUAAUGUUCUACAAAAUUGAUGAGAUGAUCCAUGGGUUAAUGAAGAAGAUACACAUAUAUAUCGUAUCCCGGCUUCGUUUAUUUGCAAGUCUUUGGAUUAAUUGCUUGCUCUGGUUCAUGUAUUAGUAUACUAGUAUGUAUUAUGUUUGCUUCAGACGACUUUAUUUGUACUGCUGCUACUACUGUAAGGUGCUUGAUGCACACUCUGAAUAAAAUUCUGGCUUAACUGCACAAAA